AUGCCAGCAAUCAAACACCUCCUCUUCUGUAUCCUGAUCCCAUGCUCGGUAUUUGCCUUUUCAAAUCGGGGAUAUCCUAUACGGCCAUUCAAGCUCUCUCCUCCUCAAACCAAGAAUUUCAAUCAAAUCAAUAAUUUUAGCCUGACAACGGCAACGCAAAAGUCCCUGACGUUUGUUGUAAGGUCCAGUGCUGAUGAUAGCCAGGAGGAAUCGAGUUCCAGUGUUGAUGAUGGUCAGGAGGAACAGACAUCGCAGGGAACAGAUAUUGUGAAUCGAUUUAUCACAAGCUUUUGGUUCGCAAUUGCUGCACCCUACACAGAUCUUCGGAGGCUGCUUCCGAAACGAGAACGAGAUCCCCAAAAGAUGACGCUCUCGCUCACAGUCAAAGAUGGAGUCUUUGCUGUCAUAGCAUAUCUUGCGAUCGGAGUCUUUGCUUACCACAAAAUAUUUGAAAAGUGGUCCAUCGUCGACUCCCUCUACUUUACAUGUGUUGUAUUUUCCACCGUAGGCUACGGUGACGUAUGUCCUCAAACGAUUGGUGGCAGGAUCUUUACCUGCUUCUUUGGUUUUACUGGGAUCGCCUUGCUCGGAGCUGCAAUUGCAUCUAUUGGAUCGAAACUGGUCCAAGUGGAGACAGAAACGGCUAGACGAGCAGAAAGAGAGAGUCGAAAGCGGUUUGUGAACAUGUUUGACAAGCUUCCAAAGUUGGUGAAAGCAGACAAGGAAGAGAAAGCAAGGAUCAUGAGUGAUGUCCAUGCAAAAAAUCGUCAUGCUCCCCAUCUUCCAAAAGCUGCUGUUGCACUUCUCAAAGGCGCGCGAUGGAUAGCGCAAUCACUAAUGGUGGUUGUUCUGGGAGGUAUGCUGUUAGGAAAAGUUGAAGGAUGGAAGAUGGCCGAUGCAGUGUACUAUGCUCUGAUAACUGCAUCCACGAUUGGGUUGGGCGACUUUGCGCCAGCUACCAAAACUGGUCGCAUUAUAGCUCUUCUUUUAAUCCCGAUGAGUGUGGCGGCAUUCGGAGAGAUCCUCUCAAACAUUGGGCUGGCUUGGAUUUCCAGUCGACAGAAGCAGCUGUUUGAUUCACAGCUGAAAACGGGACUGACAAUGGACCACCUUAAAGUAAUGGAUAACAACCAAGACGGGAAGGUGGACCGCGAAGAAUACGUCCUCUUUAUGUUAUUGGAAAUGGGACUCGUCAGCAAGGAAGAGGUAGCGGAAUUGACCGAUCAGUUUGAUCGACUGGACCGAACGGGAACUGGCUACUUGAAUCAGUAUGAUAUCAUGCUCGUGUCAAGACUGCGAGAGAAACAUGACCACUAG